AUGGGGAAAUUGAAAAGCAAGGACCGGCAAGCUCGUUCAUCUUCUCGACCUGUACCGCGGACCUCUAAGGCUUCUGAAGCUUCGCAACAACAAGAACAGCAACAGCAACGCCCUCCGUCAUCUCGACCCCGACUACAAGGUCCUAUCGUUUACCCGCAUCAACUAAGAGCUCAAUUUGCCACCGGCUCCUCAGACCCCGACGCUUCGAUCUCCCUGGCAAAUAUGCUGGCCUACACAUAUUCUGAUGAGGCGAUGCAGGCCGAUAUGCGCGCCGCCUCCCCCUUGCUGCGUCAUGCGAUCGCCUACCGCUCUGCCAGCGAACAAGAGAGACGACGAAUGAAAGAAUCUCUACCAGACGUGGUAGAGCAGGAGAAGAGGCGGACCAGCCCCAUGCUACAGCAAGUCGCUUUUCACCGGCCUUACGUGGCGGCCAAGUGUCCCACCGGCGGGGUCAAAGUGCCAGGGCAUGGAGACGGCACAGUGCGCGAGGACGAAGAUCAUGACGAGGGCGCUGUCACCGAGGCCUCCUCACUAUGCUCUUCUUGCAACUUUUCCAACUUCAGAAUCAUAGACAGCACAUUGCGCGAGGGCGAACAGUUUGCAACGGCCUUCUUCGACACAGCACAGAAGAUCAAAAUCGCCAAAGCACUGGAUGACUUUGGAGUAGAAUAUAUCGAGUUGACGUCGCCGGCUGCUUCUGAACAGCAGGUCGAGUUCACGUUUUAUGGACCUCUCGGUAACGAAGGGUUAGAUUUUGACCCACAUCCGGUGCCACAUGGACGACGCAAGGAUAGCCGUUCAACAGGCGUCGAUGGAAUCAAUGUUGCUAUCGGCACUUCUUCCCACCUCAUGAAGCAUUCUCACAACAAGGACUUAGCAUACAUUUCCAUCAAAGCCAACAAGGUUAUCGAAUACGUUAAAGCGCAUAAUCUUGAGAUCCGCUUCUCUGGGGAAGACUCCUUUCGCUCGGAUUUUGCUGAGAUUCUAAAGCUUUACUCUUCCGUCGAUCGAUUGGGAGCCAAUCGUGUGGGUAUCGCCGAUACUGUGGGCUCUGCCACACCGAGAGAAGUCUUCGAUAAGAUCGACUGCGCAAAGUCGUGGGCUGUGACAUCGAGACUCAUUUCCACAAUGACACAGGGUGUGCUAUCGCGAACGCCUACUGCGCUCUCGAAUCUGGAGCCACGCACAUCGACACUACAGUGCUAG